CCUCCAGAUGUUUAAAAAAACUGCAGAGAGAGGACAGAAUAUACUUACAAGUCAGGCUUAACCAAAAGUGGUGAAUUUUGGCCUAAAAUCUGAAGAUGCUUAGCUCUGUGACAGCACCACAGCAGUGUUCAGCUAUGUCCAAGCAAGCCCCACCUAUAGGGCCAUUUCCCAGAUAUAUCUGGGUCCAUCAGGACACCCCACAAGACAGCCUAGACAAGGCAUGUUAUGAAAUCUGGAAGCGAGUCCAGAGCUCACUAGAAGAAAUGAAUUUUAGAAAACGAAAUAAACCUCCUGCUUCUGAGAAAACGAAGAAAAGAGAAGCAGCUGGUACCAGGAAAAGAGAUGUUGUAUCUAUGAAGACCAACAAAUCAGUAGAAUGGACCUCUGACAAGUAUGACAUUUCUUGCCUGGUUGCACAGGAAUACUUAUGCUUAUUGAUGGAAUCCGCCGGAAGCAAAAAGUGGCAAAAACUUGACUUCCUUGCUGAAGUCACACAAAAAGAACAAGUGAAGGAGAAGCUUGGUGCAGUGGAAUAUUAUCAAAAAGAUACACAUUCAAGUACUGAAAAUAUAUCAACAAGCAUGGAAUUGCUUAGCCAUAACGAGAUAUGUACAUUGGAUAAAACAUCAAGACUCUCUGUGUCAAGCUCCCAAAACGGCAGACAGCUGGAAAAGAAAAAAGAUGAACUAAAAGACCAUAAAGGGAAAGCUGACAGCAAGAUAAAUGCUAGCUUUGAAAUAAAAGCUUUAAAUCCAGUGGCAAAUCUGACUUCUAGAAAGAACAAGCAGCGUAUUACAGGAUAUACUUGCCCUUCAUAUACACCGUGUUUUUCUUCAACUAUUAUAAAUAAUAUGCACAUCUCAAACCACUUUCCCAGAGGUCUACGUUUUGUACAAUAUCAGCAGAGUUCAUUUCACACUCAGCAGAGAUUCUGGGUGCCACCUUUCUUCCCAGUUCUUCAGCCACAUGUUGGAGGAUACAAUGGAACGUUUAACUCUUAUGAGGUUGCACAGACUCUGUUCUAUGCCACUUACCCUCCAGUCACGGGAUUCAUCCAAUGUAUGCAGCCAGAUUAUUUGCGGCAACAAUGGAACUUUCCAAAAGGAAAUCCUGGCACAAGAGGUCGUCCUCAGCAAGGUGGAGAUCUACUUCCACAUCAGUUUCCUUAUCCACACAGGUUCAAUUCCCCAUUUCCAGGAGCAGCAAUGAUGAGCAAUGCAUAUUUUACCUACAGUAGAAAAUAAAUGAAACCAUUUUGAUUGUUUUUCAGGAUAUAAAGCACAGGAAAGUUAACUUUGAGGCUUGCUGGACCAGCUUAUCUCCUGCAGAAUUAUUCUUCAGAUUGCCAUAUCUCUGAUGUUCAUUCAGCACCAGGAUUCAAAACUUGGGACUGAGAGUAAUUAGCGAAACUUUCAUUGCUCUUGGCAUUUGGCAAGACGUUGUAGUGAAUGUAACCAAUGCAGAAUCUUCUCUUUAUUUAUGAAUUGUGUGGAUUAUUCUAAACCUGGCGACCCUGUGCUUAAAUAAACUGGUAAUUAAGCGCAA